CUAAUUUUUAAUUUUUAUUACAUUUAACAUUGUUAAUGUUAAUAAAUAUAGAUAAAAGUAUUACUACUGGUAUUUAGGAAUCUAACUGCCCGCAAAAUAUCUGACUGCUGCCCGUAGUCAGCCUGUUGUUAGACCCUUCCCUGACACGGUCAGCUGCCCGCUGAAGCACCCUUCCCUCAUCUCGGGCAGCUCCAAACUCCAACACUUCUCACUUCCCCCCUUCUUCCCCUGCAUAAAUAUGUGAACGCUUUACACAAUUUCCUAGCCACCACCAACCACUCACCACCGCCGUAGACGGUGGUGCAUGACUGAAGGUGGAGGAGCUCCGUCUCCGGCGUCCUUCAACAAUCACAACCCACUUCAUUUUUCAUGUAAAAAAUACAGAAUUUUUAUUAUAGCUGAAAAAAAGAUGGGUCAGGGACUGAGUUGCAGAGUUAAUGAUGAACAUGGAUUGUUCAGUGCAGUCCAAUUCGGGGAUUUGGAAACCGUGGAGGCUGUUUUGGCUAAAGAGCCAAGUCUUAUUCAUCGCACUGUGCACGAUCGGUACUCUGUUUUGCAUGUAGCAGCUGCCAAUGGCCAGAUCGAGGUUUUGUCAUUGCUUCUCAGCCGAUCUGUUAAUCCAGAUUUACAGAAUCGCCAUAAACAAACACCUCUGAUGUUGGCUGCCAUGCAUGGAAAGAUCUCCUGUGUGCAAAAGCUAAUUGAAGCUGGGGCUAAUAUUUUGAUGUUUGAUUCAGUUAAUGGAAGAACGUGUUUACAUUAUGCUGCCUAUUAUGGCCACUCUGAUUGUCUGAAAGCGAUUCUUACUGCCGCCAGAACAUCGCAUGUUGCAGUUUCUUGGGGAUAUGCUCGCUUUGUCAAUAUCAGAGAUGGGAAAGGGGCAACACCAUUGCACUUGGCAGCCAGGCAAAGACGGCCUGAAUGCGUUCACGAGUUAUUGGAUAAUGGAGCUCUAGUUUGUGCUUCAACUGGUGGAUAUGGGUUUCCAGGUAGCACUCCACUUCAUUUGGCUGCAAGAGGAGGUUCUAUUGAUUGUAUCCGUGAACUUUUGGCCUGGGGUGCUGAUAGACUUAAUAGAGAUGCAUCUGGGAGGAUACCAUAUACUGUUGCUUUGAGGCACAACCAUGGUGCUUGUGCAGCAUUGCUGAAUCCUUCGUCGGCUGAACCUAUCGUCUGGCCAUCACCUCUGAAGUUCAUUAGUGAACUUAAUCAGGAGGCCAAGGUAUUAUUAGAAGGUGCAUUAAUGCAGGCAAACAAGGAAAGAGAAAAGAGCAUCUUAAAAGGUUUCUCCGUAGCUUCUCCAUCACAUUCGGAUGCUGGAAUGGAUGACAGUGUAUCUGAGGUACGCGUGGUCAUUCUUCUUAUUUAUAUUUCUUCUAAUAAGAGUGUUCUUGUCUCGUAAUUCUAGUUCAGUUUCAGCUCAGUUACCAUUUCUUUGAAGAAUAUUGAUGUUCGUGUGAUCUUUAAGACCUCUCAUUGUAAGCUCUUUGGUUCAAAUUUUUUAACAUAGAUGGAAUGGAUUUUGUCUUGGAUGAAUGUUCCAAAAUUCUUAGCAAACCAAACAAAGCGUAGUUCGUGUUAUCACGUCUUUAGAUUUGGGAUCACUGGCUUUAUGCACUAAUUUGCAUUGAACUCUCACAAUUAAAGUUAUGUAACCAUGUAAGUUUGUUGAUGUCAUGUUAUAUCGGCUGUCUUUGCUUGACUAAGAUGCGAAUGAAUGGUUAAAUCUCGAGGUAAUCUUUGUUUUAUGCAGACUAGUGAUGCAGAGCUGUGUGGCAUAUGCUUUGAUCAAGUUUGCACAAUUGAGGUCCAACCUUGUACUCAUCAGAUGUGUGCUCAAUGUACGCUUGCCUUGUGCUGCCAUAACAAGCCUAAUCCAAUGACUGGAACUCCCACUGUACCAGUCUGCCCUUUUUGCCGCAGCAGCAUUAUCCAGUUGAUUGUUCCAAAGGUUGAACACCCCGAAAAGAACAGCAUAGAGAUGGACUUCGUCCACUCACCAAAGUCAAGAAAGUCAUUUAGGAGAUCUUGGAACAGCCUGAGCGAAGGCGGCACUGGCAGUAGCAGUUUCAAGGGCUUAUCUGCCGUAGGAGGUUCACUUAGCAAGAUUGUCGGCCGAGGUUCAGGACGAAUAGCGAUUGAUAAUGAAUGGAUUGAUAAGCCAUUAGGUGUUGAUGCAUGAGAGCCAAAAAAAAAAAAAGGUAUAAACUUGUGGCAAUCAAGCAUUCCCCCGCGGCCGGGCGGGUGGACAGACGGGUCCCACUCGAGUUCAUGUUGUGGUAUAUGCACAUAGCUCUCUCUCCCUGUGCUGCAUGCUGCUGUGCUGUGUAGAUGAUUUGGGAAAUAAGCAAAGCAAAAGUUGGUUUUGCAGGUUUGGGUUGGUGAAAUAUGUAUUGUUCUGUGGGUCAACAUUGUUGUUGUAAUGUUUGGUUUGAAGUUUCAACUUCAGCUUGAAGAAGGUUUAUUGGUUGCUUUGAAGAGCCUGUCAGUUAGUUGCCUGAAUAGAAGCAAUUCUUUGUAUUUCUAGUGCAGAAAUAUUCAAUAUAUUCUUCCACAUUCUUCAGCGUCUGCUACCUAGAAUUAGUAAACAUGUACUAUACAAAAACCGAAGGAAAGAGUCCAACAAAGUGAGCAGAAAUUAAUGUUAGAUCCUACAUCACAGUCUUGUCUCCUCGUCUCUUUUCAUUAUUUUUUCGAAGUGUGAAGGUAGAAAAUGUUUCUUCCUGCGUUGAAAAUUAUUUGUAACCAACAUUUGAAGUUAAGGGAAAAAAAAAAAGAAAAGAAAAAAGAAGGGGAUGUCCUUGUUCUGGUUGGUCAUGUGAUCUUGUCUAUCAAAGGGAUAAAUGCAUAUGUGAAUGAAAGAGGAAAAAUUUGGUAUCAUCCUCAUUCAUUUGGUACUACUGCCACAAGUAAGCAUCACAGUACAAUUAUAGAAAUUGGUAGCAUUAUUAGGUCAUAUUCUGAAAAACAAGUGAGAUAAGGUCACCCAACAUGGGGCCCUUUUACACCCGAUUUUGCUAUAUGAUACUGCCAUAUCCACACAGAGACCUGUAUAAAAUUUUGAUGGAUUCAUCAUUGUAGGUUAUGUUCAAUGCAGCUUACCUUGGCCCCUCAAAUGAAUUACAUUUAAGUUCAUCUGAAACUGUUUCUGAAAUUUUUCAUUGAAGUUUGAAAUCUUUGAAUGUAGUGUGUAAUUAGAUCAUGUAGCAUUACUCCGUAUCCAAAUAAUAGUUUUUCUUGUUAUAGUAAUUUAUUCAAUAAG